CACCGCGUGUCCCUCCAGGCUCCGCGGGCGCUGGGCGGCGCGUUCCCUGCCAUCCCCCCAACCCUACCCGCCUGGGUCGUUCGUUAGCCCUCGCCGGAGGUCCCCUCCAAGUUCAAGCCCGACGGGGAGAAGCAGGACAGGCGCCCGAGGACGGGCCCAGGAGGCCAGGAAAAGUGACCGCCGGUUCUUUGGGUCAGACCACUGGCUGUGGUGUGGACCAAGGACUCUGUCGCCUUGCUUUGCCCUGGAGCCUAUGGAGCUGAGACCUGACGCUAGCCACAAGGAGAAUGUGCCCCCCAGGCCCGCGGUGCCCCUGAGGCCAGAGCAGCGGAGAUGCCUGAAGAGCCGAGAUGUUGGCCUGGGCAGUGACCAUGGCCAGUGGGUGCGCGCGAGCCAGGCCCAUAGGGGAGGGCCUGCCAUCACCCCCUCCCCGGGGGCCGUGCUGUGCCAGGAGCCUUGCCGAGUCCAGACCAACCUGGCUGGACAACGGAGCCCCGGCCUGAGCCCCGUCCUGAAGGGCACAGCUGGCCAGCUGAUGAACACAAGCUUGCAACAGCAGAGUAACCUGCAGCCCCCCGCCGGCACUCCCCGGGGAAGGACAAGAGAGUUCGCCAUCCAGCAGAGUAACCUGAGCAUGAGGGGGACCAGCUCGGCUCAGAGCAGAAGUCCCAUCAGCCACCGCCUCUGGCCCCACCUGACUCCUCAGGGAAGGCCUCGCCCCCGAGGAUCCCUGGCUUGCCCAUGGUCCAGCCUGAGACGGUCCCAGCUGCUGGCCACAGACACCUCCGGCCCAGAUGUCCAGCCUGACGCAGGCUUUGGUCCUUUCAGUGGACACACACGGCCAGGCUCCAAACUCUGGUGUGGCCUGGGGAGCUGGCCCUCUAGGCUCAGAGGGAAACCCCUCACCCUGAAAGACCUGACCGUACCUGUCCAGAGCCAGGCUCGGACCCCAUCCCAAAUCGCCGUCCGCCAGCUGCUGGCCUCCGUGCGACACCUGGAGCGCGCAGUCAACCGUCUCAGGUGCCAGGUGUGCCAGGAACCCAGCAAUGGCCAGGUACUCCCCGCCCACACCCCGCCCAGCCAACCUGUGCUUCCCGGGAUGGGAGGAAGGAGCACCUACCUACCAGGUCUCGGGGAAACUGCGCAUUUCCCAGAGACACAGGGGACCCAGGCUGCCCUCUCAGACUCUCGGGCAAGCAGAACACCUGCGUCCCUGAAGACCAUGCUGGGGAUCCUAACUGGGGAUUUCCUUGACCCUAAGCAGGGCAUCCUUCAUGCCAAGCCCCUGAGGCAAGGAGAGAACUUCUCCCCGGGGCCGACAAACGGCAGCGGGCAGAGGGGAGCGCCCCGGCUCCCUCGAGGUGCAGGCAGCGAGGAGGCCAGACUCUGCUCUUUAGCCGGCUCCGGCUCCGGGGCUGCCUGGGGUGUCCCACCCAGGCGGGAAGGAGGAGAGGUGACUCCGCAGGAGCAGGUCCACGAGGAGGAAGAGAGGGCAGCUUCUUGCCCACUGGACGCAGCCCCAGCAAGGAUCAUCGGGCAGGUGGAGGCCAGAGGAGGCUGGGCAUGGGAACUGGGGGACCCCUGGAGGGCUCCUCCCGGGAACUCUCAUGGCCAGUUCGCUGCCACUACCCUGUUGGGCAGGCAGGCUUGGCAGAGGGUGUGUCCUGUCCUGCUCGCUCCUCAGCCUGAGAACUGUGUCAUGUCUUUUGGCUUUCCAAGAAAAAAGCCCGAAACGGGAGACGAGCCUCUGAUGGAGGUCAAGCCCUGGCGGCAGGUCCUUGCGGGACUUCCAGGGGAGGGGACUCCCUUCCCACUGCCCCUGCUGGGGAAUGAGUCUGUAACUUCUAAGGCUGCCUGGCACUCUUGGCCAUCCAGGAGGCACUCUGCGGCUCUGGGAGCUUUCCUGGCCGGGACUUCCUGGGCUGGCCACCAACAGAGGGUGUUGUUCCAGCCCGUAGCUGGUCUUCCUGCCGCAGCAUGGGGCAUCAGGGCUGGGCAGGUGCCCUGGGUGAGGUGCGGUCCCCAGCUGCUUUGUGGGGACCACCCCCCUGAUCAGCCCCGUUCCGGCCCCAGCUGGCAGUGGCUCUCCAGAUGUUUCAGAGCGUGGUGGCACUUGGUGCAGAAACGCCGGGCGGAGGCUGCAGCGGUGGCCCUGGGCCGCCGGCAGCUGCUGUGCAGAGGCCUGUGGGCGCUUCGCCGGGCUCCAAGACUCCGGGAGGCCCAGCUGGAGGUGGCGUGGCAGCGACACACUCAGGCCCUGCUGGCCCAGAGCUUCCAGAAGUGGAGAACCCGGACUCUACAGCAGAAGCAGGGGCAGCCCCACGUCCAGACUGGGCCAGGACCCCCACCCUCUGGGGCAGGACAAGGCCAAGGCCCCUCAGGAAGGGAGCCAGUGGCAGAUCCCAUCAGGAGAAGCAGAAGCUUGAGUGUUCGAACUGGAGGGUCCCUCAGACAUCACUCACUCACGGGGAACACGGACGCCCAGAGACAGGGCACGACAGAGCCUCCUCCUGUCCUGGUCCUCCCUACUCUCUCUCCUCGCUCUUCAGUCUUCCUCUUGUGGUUCCAUCCGAAGGAAUGGGCCUGGCAGGAGAGGGGGCUCCAGGGAGAGGUCUCCCAGGUCGCACUGAGGACUCAGAGGAUGGGGAGGCCGCCCCUAGCCCCAUGCUCUCCUGUGACAUGUGCACUCAGGGGAGCCUCUCCGGACCCUGAGCAGCGGAGAGCCCGGCUCGGCAGGUGCUUUGGGGCCUGGCAGAAGUUCAUGCUAAGAGCCGCCCGGUACCGGGACCGCCUGGCCCGCCGCCGGGCAGGGACCCUGAGGUUAUGUCUGCAACAGUGGAUGUGGAUGAAACAGCUCCGGACGUCAGAUGGAGCGAAGGUGACCCAGCUGUCCCUCUGCCGCCAGAAGGCGGGGAACACGGCCCUCUGCAGCUCGGCGCCCGGAGGGGCCACAGCCCAGGGCCUGGGGGUCCUGGCUCGGGCCCAGGGGCUGCCCCUGGAGCCAGGCGGGGGCUCCCUGCAGGAAGCCUGCGAGAGAUUGGCCCUGCACCGGGUGCUGCUGCUCUGGAGGACACGGCUGUCCCAGCGCCAGAAAGCUGACUCCUUCCUCCAGGACAAGAGGCGGCAGGUGAUUCGGCGUAUCCUGAGGGGGUGGCAUUUGAGGGUGUGGGGUCCAAGCACCCCGUCAGACAGUGCCAGGACCACCUUGGCCCCGGAGCUCCUGGGCAGCAUCCCGGGAGGGGAGCCGCUGCUGGACGGCAGCUCACCCCGAAGCUCACUAGAGAAGGCUUCCAGGACCCCCGCCUUCUUGGAGAACCUCCCACUGAGCCUUCUGUGGGCAUCUGGGCAGCGGCAGAGGGCACAGUGCCUUCUGUCCUGGCAGGCGUGGGUUCAGCAGUCCCGGGGUGCAGCGAGGUGGCACCAGUCUACCCUUCAGAGGCGCGCUCUCCUCAGCUGGAGCCACUGGGCCACAGCCCAAGGGGCCCAGAGAGAGCUGGCGGUUGCCUGGGCCCGGGACCGGAGCUGCAGGGCCGCGCUGGGCUUGUGGCGGCGGCGGCUGGCACAGGGGCGCGAAGUGGAGCAGUGGGUUCGGGCACGGGACCGCACACAGGUCCGAGGGGCCCUGCACCAUUGGCACUCCUGCUGGCAGAGGCAGCAGUCCCUGCAUGCCAGGUACCAGACGUGGGUGCAGGUCCAUCUCCGGGCCUUGAGGGGGUCCGUGUUCCAGGACUGGCGGCAGGCGGCAGCUCGUCAGAGACGCCCAGGGCCCUCCCCAGAGCGGCGUCUACUUCACAGGUGGGUGGGUCUGGGGCUAGGAGGGUGCCCACCCGAUGCCCUGAUGAGCCCCAAGUCUCCAACUCCCAGCCAGCCAGCUGGGCCCCUCCCUCUGCUCCUGUUUUUCAGCCGUUUCCAGGCCUGGCGUGGAAUUGAAAGAGACACAGGGGUGGUCCCAGCCAUGGGAGCCUCUCAGGAUGGCCCGAGAAAGGCUGUGGGGGCCACAUUUGCUACGUGACAGGAUGCAGCCGAGCAGGGCCUGGGCCCAGCAGGCCUUCAUAGCAUGACGAGCGGCUCUGGGCCGGUGCUGCGAGGCCUGCUGGCGGGCAGAAGAGAGAGUGGCCCUGUGCCAGACCUAGUGGGUGGGAUCCUAGAGGCCUGGGCCCAGUCAGCAGCCAGGGCCCGUGACCAGCGAGCCGCCAUCACCCAGUUCCAGCAGGCUGGGUCCAGACGCCUCCUGUGGACCCACUGGGCCCAGUGGCAGGCAGCGCUGCUCAGUAUGCGGAUGGAACCACAGGGGAAGGCCCGGGAGGCCCAUGCUGUUGACCUCAGGCAGUGGCCCAGGGUGGCCAGCAGAGGGCGCCUUCUAGCGCUGACCCCAGCUCCAGCCCUGUGGAAGCAGACAGCAGAGAGCGGCCCCUCUGCCUUGCCUUCCGUCGCCGGUGGCAAAGGCCUGCAGGCGCGGGCCAGGCCCCAGGCCGGCCGCCUCCGAGGCCAGGAAGCGAUCGCUACUCUGAGGCCCCACCCCUCCAAGGCCAAGGCGAGGCGGCUAGAAGACAGCUGGGCUUGGCUAUCGGGGUGCACGCCAGGGCUUCUCCCCACCAGGAGGAAAUACCUGCAGCGCUGGCACCGGGAGGCACUGCUUUCCCGGCUCCACGGCUCCCAGCGGGCCCGGAGCCUGGCAGCAGCAUGGAGACACUGGGUAGAUGUUCAGGGAGCCGAGCAGCUGGCACGGAGGCUGCUGAGGCAGUGGCACCUGAUGCAGGCCUGGCGUGUGUGGCGGAGGCGGGCUCUGCAGCUGUGGGUGGCUCAGAGAUUACAGCAGCAAGAAAGCGGCCGGGUCCUUUCCCAGGUCUUUGAGAAGUGGCGCCAGCUCCUGGCAGCCAGGGGCAGAAGAGGAGCUACCAGCAGUCUGAUAGCCCUGAGCCCGGCAGGCAUCAGGAACCCCGGGAGUAGGCUGGAAGCUGCUCGAACCUGUGUGCAUGGUGGGGCAGGGGACCCAGCUGCAGCUGUGACUUGUUCCCUUGGAAAGGAAAACAACACUGAGCCCAGCCUCCCUAAGGAAGGAACAACGCCCCACCCAUCAGGGCAGUGCAGGCCCAAACCACCAGACAUCCCUCUGCCUGGUGACCCGGGAGCCGGCUCUCUGAGCUCUGAAAAACAAUAAACACCGUCCUUAGUCCCA